AUGGAAUGGGACGGCAAGUACUGGAACGGUGUACUUCUGGAGGAAGUGGACGACGAGGGAGAAUUGAAUUACCCAGAUUGGAAAUCUGACCUGUCCAUCGAACAACUACCAACCGAGUGCAUCCUGGAGAUAUUCUCGUACCUCUCUGUUCCCGAGAAAUUUAUUCUCGAAGAUGUAUGUCCCCGAUGGAAAGAAAUAUCCGAAAACGGUUGGCCGGAGGUGAAGAGGCUGUUCAUAAGGUCGACAUGUCCUCGCUUCACCGCCGCCGAGAUCGAGAUAAUCUUUCGGCGAUGUGGAAGAUUCCUGAAAUCCCUGAGGAUCGAUCUGGAGGACGAGAGGACCAACUGCUUGCAUUUGAUUCAGAAACACUGCCGAAAUGUCCGGGAAUUCGAGAUAGACUUCGUGCAGGUCAACUGGCGGCCGAUCAUGUGCCUCUAUUACGCGGAUUAUUUCUCGAAAGUCUACGAGACUUGCAGGGAUCUCCGGUCUAUCACGAUACUGUCUGUCAAGUCGACGUUCACUGAUGCUUACGUUAUGAAUUUGCGAUAUGAGAUUGUGGAGAGCAUUCAUCUGACUGUUGGGGCUCAUAACGUUCAUUUUUCUCUGAAUUUAUCAAGAUUUCGGAAUCUCCGCUGCUUGAAUCUCGAACGGUUCAUAAUCGACGAGAACCGCCUGAGUGGAUUCGAUCAGUUGCAAAAUCUGAAAGAAUUGUAUUUUUCCUUCUGCAACGUUCACAUAAGCCACAUUAAAAAAAUCAAGAGAUUCAAGAAACUGGAGAAGUUGUGGAUGAACGGGACGAUCAGCGAGAUUCGUGACAAUCAUAUCUCCACGAUUGUUCAUCAUUGCAGAAGACUGAAAAUUCUCAAUGUAGAUGGUCUGCGGGGAUUAACGGAUCGUUGCUUCAUAGACAUAUCAAAGCUGCCAAUUCUCGAGGAAUUACACAUGAUGAACUUGUCUCGAGUCUCUGAUUACGCCAUAGCGAACAUGCAGACAUUGAAGACGCUGAGUUGCCCCCAGUGCCCUGGCAUCGGCAACGACGGACUGAAACGAUUGAUCCAAUGUGCCCCGAACCUGCACUUCCUAUCUGCGCGACGAACCUCAGUCACCAAGAAUUUCCUCGCUGACGCGAAUGAGGCUAUUCAGUCUCGUCAGAGUAACGUAGAGUUGUUUCUAGAUCUCGGACCUGAGGCUUAUACCUGGCAAUUGCCCGCGAAUUUCUCGCCUCUGCUGAUUCUAGAGGGGAGUGUGAAGUAG